AUGAUCGAUAGCCGCCUACCAUCAAGCGGACGAGACAAGCAGAUCUUGGUGCAACUCAAGAGUGAUGAACACUCGGACACGUGGGACGAGGAAACCAAGCGAGAGCUCGUUGAUCACAUCCUCAAAGGAUACACUAAAACCACAAAGUCUAACCAGAUUUACCCAAGCUGCCAUCGCCUCUGGCAAGCUAACAACCCGACCUUCGCCAGAUGGGUAGUUCUCCGAGUCACUUACGACGAGGACAAACUCUCAACGCCCAGAGAAUGGCUUCGACAUCAAUACGAGAACUUCGACCCCCAGUCUUGGGCAAGCCCUGUGUCCAAGAAGCCAUUAAAAGCCCAAGGAACGAGAUGUGAAAGUGAGCCUUUCUCAGAGGAUGACCUUGGGACACUUUGGAAGUCUCAGGAGUCCAAGUCUCUUCGGUCGGCUGAGUCUAUGGAGAUCUGUGACAACGAGAGCGAUUACGACAAAACCCACGGCGACGGGACUUACAAAUACGACCGCCACGACAACAGUGAUCAAGACGAAACAAAUGACAAGGCGAUAACCCGAAGUAGAUUCAGGGCGGUGAAUGUUCCUGAGCCUGGCCGAGACCUAUCACGAAAGCGUGGAACGUCUAAUGCUUCUGUAUAUCUCUGUACAAAGUUGCAGAAGACAGACUCCCUCAGAACUCCAUCAUCAACUGAGGAAGCCCAUCUACCCAAGGCCUCCGGUCAAUCAACUGCACAAACAGCUGAUAUCCAGGCUCGCCCUCGUCCUCUGCAGUGGAGAGCUAACCUUCAAGAGCUUAGAAUACCUGUGCGUGGUCCGCAUCAAAGCCAGCCCGCACUCAACCUCGACGCUUCAGCUGGCGGCCAGGCCUAUUUAUCGCCUAAUCCGACAGUGGUUUCGUUCACGCAAAGCUUUUAUGAUCAAAAUGACUUCCGAACAUCUACAACUCCUCGCCAGUGGGCUAGAAGUCAGGAACGAAGUUCGUGCCUAAAUACUCCUGUUGUAUCUCACGAGAAGAAGGCAGAUGAUCAGAGUGUUCCGAGCGACCCUAGAGAUCACAUCCAGAAUCGCGGCCACUCAACUCAAAGCGGCCAUGUGAGAGCCAAUUUUGGACUGGUAGACCCCUGUGCUGGCGAAUCUGCCGCUUCAACACAAAGUUUACCGCGGUCACCUAAGUGCAGAGACAACAUCCCCACGAUAGUUCCCCAUGGUUCCUCUAACUCUUUCGUGUUCCCAUCAAGUUCUUAUGGGGAGGCCAGGCCGCAUACUAGAGAACCGCUUCCUCUUCGUGUCAACCACCGUGAGACUCUCGAAACUCCCGGCAAUGUCUUCACCCAACAGCCAUCUGGUCUUCAACAACUCCCUCCUGACGACCCUGGUGAGCCGUCAUGGUUCCGUCGAUUCAGGACACAGUAUUACUCCGACCAGAAGGAGACCCGCGCACGGAUUGCAUACGAGAUAAAACGAGAAGUUACAGGUAUCGUUUUCAAGGCAGUACGAGAUCUGAUCCAACCGCUAAGCAAUUCUAUCACUCAGUGUGUGGACACUCUCGCAAAACACAAUACCAACGCCGUAGGGGUAACAAAGCACAUCUACCAGGCAGUUUCGGCGGCCCAGGAUCUCGGAGACAUGAAACAGAUCCUCAACAACACCGUGGAGACAAGUUCGCUGCAGCUGGAGACAUUCCAGAGGGAGGGAGCAGCAAUUCAGGGGCAGCUGCUGCCAGUCAUAACUGAAUACCGGAAGGAUAUAGACAAUCUUGCGCAACGCGCAACAUCAAUCGAGGAACGCACAAUAGAUGUCGAGGAGUAUCUGGAGCUUCAGCUCGCCGACAAGGGUCGCCAUCCAGCCCGCAACGCUCCGCAGGGGAAUGAGAGCGAGCAUCAUACCUUUGGCAAUCAUGAGGGUACGGGAGGAUAUUAA